CUUCUGAACCAAAAUUGUCAUUCUCCUCCUUCCUCAUCCCCUUCCCUCUACACUACACUACACAUUUUCUGCUCUCAUUGCUUCUUUCUUUCCACAUUGGCCUAUCCUAAAAUGAUAAGCAUCAUGCCUCAAAACACCCGAACGUAUGAGUUGCAAUUGCAACAGACAAACCCAUCCACCAUCGUUUAAACUUAGUAAACAAAAACAAACAUGUCUGUUCUCUCUGUUUCAGGUUCAGGCUCUAGAUUGCUCACUUUCACUUCCAUACACCGACCAGACUCAAAGCCACCACCCAGACACGCCGCUCCUCCUUCUUCCUCUUCAAAUUCCACCACCGUCACCGAUGACACUGCUUCCUCUUCUCCACAAUCCAAUACUAACAAUGACAACAAAAGCGUCUCUGUUAAAUUCACCUAUAGCAGAGCAUCACCUUCUGUCAGAUGGCCCCACUUGAAGCUCUCAGAAACCUACCCUUGUACUUCUUCGCAUACCCAAUUGGCUGAAAACCAUGUUUUCACUAUAAAGUCUCCACCUUCUGAGGAAGUAGAAGAAACCCCAAAACUGGGUGAGAAAACCCUAGAAAAUGAAGCUAUGUUGAAGCGUAGGAAGACAAGGGCAAGAAAAAUGAGCAAAUUGGCGUUGAAAAGAGAUAAGAAUUGGAGGGAAAGGGUGAAGUAUUUGACGGAUAGGAUUCUAGGGUUGAAGCCAGAGGAGUUUGUGGCUGAUGUGUUGGAAGAGCGUAAAGUUCAGAUGACACCUACUGAUUUCUGCUUUCUGGUGAAAUGGGUGGGUCAAACUAGCUGGCAACGCGCGCUUGAGCUCUAUGAGUGCUUGAAUUUGCGCCAUUGGUACGCGCCCAAUGCGAGGAUGGUUGCCACCAUUUUGGGUGUGCUGGGGAAGGCUAAUCAGGAAGCGCUUGCUGUUGAGAUUUUCACGAGGGCUGAGUCAACUAUGGGGGAUACUGUCCAAGUUUACAAUGCCAUGAUGGGUGUUUAUGCGCGGAAUGGUCGCUUCAACAAUGUCAAGGAGUUGCUCGAUGUAAUGCGUGAAAGAGGGUGUGAGCCUGACCUGGUGAGUUUCAAUACUUUGAUUAAUGCCAGGUUGAAAUCUGGUGCAAUGGUGAAUAAUUUAGCUAUUCAGCUUUUAGAUGAAGUGAGAAAGUCUGGUCUUAGACCUGAUAUUAUAACUUACAAUACCCUUAUCAGUGCUUGUUCAAGAGAGUCGAAUUUGGAGGAAGCAGUUGCCAUUUUUAACGACAUGGAGACCCAACAGUGUCAGCCUGAUUUGUGGACUUACAAUGCUAUGAUUUCGGUUUAUGGAAGAUGCGGAUUUCCUAUGAAAGCUGAGCGUCUAUUUAAAGAUUUGGAGUCUAAAGGAUUUUUCCCUGAUGCAGUCACUUACAAUUCUUUGUUGUAUGCUUUUGCAAAAGAAGGAAAUACAGAAAAGGUAAGGGAUGUUGGUGAAGAAAUGGUGAAAAAGGGGUUUGGCAGGGAUGAGAUGACAUACAACACUAUCUUACACAUGUAUGGAAAGCAAGGUCGGCACGACCAGGCAUUGCAGCUCUACAGAGACAUGAAAUCAGCUGGCAGGAACCCUGAUGCGGUUACAUAUACAGUUUUGAUAGAUUCACUAGGGAAAGCAAGUAAGAUCGCGGAAGCUGCAAACGUGAUGUCGGAAAUGUUGGAUGCAGGAGUUAAGCCUACUUUGCACACGUAUAGUGCUUUAAUCUGUGCUUAUGCUAAGGCUGGAAAACGAGUGGAGGCCAAAGAGACAUUUGACUGCAUGCGCAGGUCAGGGAUCAAACCUGAUCGUCUAGCAUACUCAGUUAUGGUGGAUUUCUUUAUGAGGUUCAAUGAGAUAAAAAAGGGUAUGAAGUUGUAUCAGGAAAUGAUUCGCGAAGGUUUUACACCGGACAGUGGUCUCUAUGAGGUCAUGCUACAUGCGCUUGUGAGGGAAAACAUGGGGGAUGUUGUUGAAAGAAUUGUAAGAGAUAUGGAAGAACUGAGUGGUAUGAAUCCACAAGGUAUUUCAUCGGUUCUUGUUAAUGGGGGAUGUUUUGAUCACGCCGCUAAAAUGUUGAAGGUUGCCAUCAGCAGUGGCUAUAAAUUGGAUCAUGAGAUUUUUUUAUCCAUUAUGAGCUCAUAUAGCUCAUCUUCUAGAUACUCAGAAGCAUGUGAACUUCUUGAAUUCUUGAGAGAAUAUGCUCCAGAUGAUAUUCAAUUGAUCACAGAAGCACUCAUUAUUAUACUUUGCAAGGCUAAAAAGCUAGAUGCAGCCUUGGAGGAAUAUAGAAGUAAAGGAGGACUUGGUUUAUUUAGCAGUUGUACUAUGUUUGAAUCUCUUAUUAAGGAAUGUGUGCAGAAUGAACACUUUGACUUAGCUUCUCAGAUUUUCUCUGACAUGAGAUUCAGUGGUGUUGAGCCAUCUGAAUCUCUGUACCAGGCUAUGGUGUCUGUGUACUGUAGAAUGGGCUUACCUGAGACAGCCCACCAUUUGUUGCAUCAUGCAGAGAAAAAUGACACUAUACUUGAUAAUGUAUCUGUUUAUGUUGAUAUCAUAGACACAUAUGGGAAGUUGAAGAUAUGGCAGAAGGCUGAAAGUUUAGUGGGGAAUCUUAGGCAAAGAUGUUCAGAAGUGGAUAGAAAGAUCUGGAAUGCUUUAAUACAUGCUUAUGCAUUCAGUGGCUGUUAUGAACGAGCUAGAGCUAUUUUUAAUACAAUGAUGAAACAUGGCCCUUCCCCAACUGUAGAUUCCAUAAAUGGUCUAUUACAAGCUUUAAUUGUUGAUGGGAGACUAACUGAGCUUUAUGUGGUAAUCCAGGAGUUGCAAGACAUGGGGUUCCAAGUUAGUAAAAGUUCUAUUCUUUUGAUGCUUGAAGCAUUUGCUAAGGAAGGAAACUUGUUUGAGGUGCAGAAAGUAUACCAUGGAAUGAAAGCUGCCGGUUAUUUGCCUACCAUACAUCUUUACAGAAUAAUGAUUGGAUUGCUGUGCAAAUUCAAAAGAGUAAGGGAUGUAGAAGCCAUGUUAUGUGAGAUCGAAGAGGCGGGAUUUAAGCCUGAUCUUCAAAUUUUCAAUUCUAUUCUUAAAUUAUAUUCAGGCAUUGAAGAUUUUAAAAACAUGGGUAUCAUUUACCAGAAGAUUCAAGGUGCUGGUCUUGAACCGGAUGAGGAAACUUAUAAUACAUUAAUCAUAAUGUACUGCAGGGACCAUAAACCAGAAGAAGGUUUAUCACUGAUGCAUAAAAUGAGAAAACUUGGUCUAGAACCUAAGCGAGACACAUACAGAAGCAUGAUUGCAGCAUUUGGUAAGCAACAAUUGUAUGAUCAGGCCGAGGAACUUUUUGAAGAACUUAGAUCGGACGGCCAUAAACUAGACCGCUCUUUUUAUCAUUUGAUGAUGAAAAUGUACAGAACUUCUGGGGAUCAUUUGAAAGCGGAAAAUCUGCUGGCCAUGAUGAAAGAAGCAGGGAUAGAGCCCACUAUUGCCACCAUGCAUUUACUUAUGGUUUCUUAUGGUAAAUCUGGGCAGCCUGAGGAAGCUGAGAAAGUCCUUAAAAACUUGAGAACAACUGGACAGGUACAGGAUACCCUUCCUUAUAGCUCUGUUAUUGAUGCAUAUCUCAAAAAGGGAGAUGUUAAAGCUGGAAUUGAAAUGCUCAAAGAGAUGAAGGAAGCAGCAAUUGAACCCGACCAUCGAAUAUGGACAUGCUUUAUCAGAGCUGCAAGCUUGUCUGAGGGAUCAAAUGAAGCCAUUAAUCUUUUAAAUGCACUGCAAGGUGUUGGAUUUGAUCUUCCAAUCAGGCUUCUUAGAGAAAAAUCUGAGUCACUAGUUUCAGAGGUUGACCAAUGUCUGGAGAGACUAGAACACGUGGAAGAUAAUGCAGCGUUUAACUUUGUCAAUGCUUUGGUGGAUCUCUUGUGGGCAUUUGAACUCCGGGCCAGCGCAUCGUGGGUUUUCCAAUUAGCAAUCAAGAGAAGCAUUUAUCGCCGUGAUGUAUUUAGAGUUGCUGAGAAGGACUGGGGGGCUGAUUUCAGAAAACUAUCAGCUGGUUCAGCUCUUGUUGGUCUUACAUUGUGGCUUGACCACAUGCAGGAUGCCUCCUUGCAGGGCUCUCCAGAGUCACCAAAAUCAGUUGUACUCAUAACAGGAACAGCAGAGUAUAACAUGGUAUCCCUUGAUAGCACAUUGAAGGCAUGCCUUUGGGAAAUGGGUUCUCCUUUCCUUCCUUGUAAGACACGGCACGGCGUCCUUGUAGCCAAGGCUCACUCCCUCAGGAUGUGGUUAAAAGACUCCCCAUUUUGCCUGGAUCUUGAGUUAAAAGAUGCCCCAGGUCUCCCUGAAUCAAAUUCAAUGCAGCUUGUCAAUGGAUGCUUUAUAAGGCGUGGCCUCGUUCCAGCAUUCAAGGAAAUUGCUGAGAAACUGGAAGUUGUGAGUCCCAAGAAAUUUCGCAGAUUGGCUUUGUUACCUGAUGAUAAGAGAGGUGAAGUCAUUGAAGCUGACGCUGAGGGAAGGAAAGAGAAAUUGGAAAAAAGAAAGAAAAUUGUUGACCCUAAACGGCUGAGGAUGAUCAAGAAGCUUAAGAAGAAGAAAUAUAUUCGGGAAGCUUUGAUGUCCCAAGGAAAUGCAAUUGGGAUACAAAAGACUUUCAAACCAAUUGGUGCAAAACAAGCAAUGUGAUACCAAACCCUGUAAGCUUACUUGUACAGAUAGAAAUCUAUGUGACGUCAACAUGAACUGUAAACAAAAACUGUUAUGACCACUAUUUCGAGCUCCUCUGUCAUUUUCAAUCCAUUACCAAGAUGUCCAUCACCUAUGUAAAGUUUAUAAAUGAUAAGAGUUGAUUGUCCCAACUUAUUUUUGA